GGCUUAUUCAAAAUCGCAUACCGGAACUGACCAUUUUCAAGAAAAGCAAGUCACAGUGGUGGUGGAGAGAAACAAUAAUAUUAAAAGCCGAAGAUGAUGGACCCUGUUAUAAGCGAUGAAUCCUCCUAUAAACCAAAGCAGACGUAUUUCAGUCCAUAUGCCAUGAAUGGAGGGACUUGCUUGGCAGUAGCUGGAGAAGAUUUUGUUGUUGUGGGUUCAGACACAAGGCUAAGUCAAGGAUUUUCCAUCCACACAAGGGAUUUACCAAAAACCUAUCAACUAACAAAUUCAACACUCUUGGGGGCAUGUGGAUUCCAUGGUGAUGUCUUGACUUUAACAAAAGUUUUGAAUGCUCGUUUAAAGAUGUUUGAACAUGAGCACCACAAAAAGAUGACAACAUCUGAAAUAGCAGCGAUGCUGUCAACAAUGUUGUAUCACAGAAGAUUCUUUCCUUACUAUGUGUACAACUUGAUUGCAGGACUAGAUGAAGAAGGUAAAGGUGUGGUGUACAGUUUUGACCCUGUGGGAUCCUAUGGAUCAGAUGGUUACCGAGCCAGGGGAUCUGCAGCUGCCAUGUUACAGCCUCUGUUAGAUAACCAGAUUGGACUGAAAAAUCAGCAGAAUGUCCCAAGAGUACCACUGUCAAAAGAAAAAGUUAUUAAGUUAGUAAAGGAUGUUUUUAUUUCUGCAGCGGAACGUGAUAUUUAUACUGGAGAUGCUGUGGUAGUUCGUGUCAUUACCAAGGAUGGCACUACCACAGAGAGGUUCCCACUCAGGCGAGAUUAACAACAUUUCGGUGAUAGUUCUGAUUUUUAAGCUACGAACAAUGUAGACUAGAUGUUAUUCAUCAUGGAUGACAUUCAAUUCAGUGUCCAUUUCAUAAAGAAUGAAAAUUAUUUCAUUUGUUCAUUAAAUUUUUUGUAUUAAA